CACACUCACAUACGCAUCCACACACAAGGGAGUGUGGUGCAGGGAGAACUACCAGGAGCCUUCAGAAAUGUUCAAUUUCCACAGAAGAGACAGAAAACAUGGAACUGACUGAAAAAUUCACCUUUAAUCCUAAGGAGGGAAUUGACAACCCAGCAAUGGCCAGCAUGGCUGAGUCAGAGCCUGUUGUGGCACCAACGCUGCGCUUGUGUGUCCUGAAGCGGGAGGAGAGCGAGAAGUUUGGCUUCUACCUGCGUGUGGAGAAGGGUUGCCAUGGCCACGUGGUGAGAAAGGUGGCAUCGCUGGGGGUGGCGGAGCGCAGUGGGCUCAGGGACGGGGACAGACUACUGGAGGUCAACGAGAGCUACGUCGAUGACAUGGCACACAUGGAGGUGGCGAGGAGGAUCCACCUCAGUGGGACACAGCUGUGUCUCCUGGUGCUGGAUGGGGCGGAGUAUGAGCGGGCGGUGGCCCAGGGUCACGACCUCAAGGCUCUGACCAGGGCACAGCGAGGAGAUGACUGGAGUCCGCCGAGGCUGCGCUUCAUCACCAAGGACUCCGGCUCCUGCUUCGGGCUACGCAUUCUUCCUGUGGAAGGAGAGAAGGGCAAGUUCUCUGUGAUCCCAGCCAGUGGAGGGCGCGCUGAGAAGGCAGGAGUGCGCGAGGGAGACCGCCUGGUUUGGCUAGAUGGCGCCACAGUGUCAGAACUCUCUCUCUCAGCGAUCAGCAAAAUGGUGAAGAAAUGUGGGGACCACAUGACAGUGCUGGUGAUUGACAGUAGAAGUGAGCAGGCGUACGUCAGCCGUCGGAUGCCCAUCCUGCCCUGCAUGACGGUGGGCCACAACCUGCCCUACAGGCCCCGAAAGCUGCACCUCAGCCAGGGCCCUGGAGGCUCAGGCUACGGCUUCCUUCUGAGGCAUGAGAAAACCAGCUCCACACACGCAGUGCACAUAAUCCGUGAGGUGGACCGUGGCAGCCCAGCAGAGCUAGCGGGCGUGAAGGAGGGGGAGCUGCUGCUGGUGGUGAACGAGGAGCUCGUCCAGAGCAUGGAGCACAAGGAUGUUGUGGACAAGAUACGACACAGUGGCCCGCAAGUCACCAUCACCACCAUUAGUGCACAAGGACAGGACUUUUUCACAAGGCUUGGUCUUUCGCCAUUGCUUUUCUGUGAGGACACCUCAACUGCCAAACCCACUGAAAGUGUGGAGCUCCAACAGACUUCUGACCAUGACAGCAUUCCACAGCCCAGACUCUGUGUCCUGGACAAGGGUCCCAACGGCUACGGAUUCCACUUGGGAUGCGUUGUGACAAAGCCAGGAACCUUCAUAAGUCAGGUAGCGGUGGAGGGUGCUGGGGAGAGGGCUGGGCUCCGGAAGGGGGAUGUGGUUAUGGAGGUCAAUGGAGAGCGUGUGGAAGAGGACUAUCUGGAGGACGUCAUCACGAUGAUAAAGGACACUGGCGGUCCCCUCACUCUGCUGGUGGUGGAGCCGGAGGAAUACGAGAGGAUACUCCAGAGGAGAGGCUCAGAAGAUUUGACACCUAACGAUGUGUUUAAUUAA